GAUACAUUAAGCAGUUUUUACCUAAAAGAAAGCAGUACAAUUCGGAAAGGACCAGAUUUCAAAAUCACGUGGUAUAGUUUACCAAUAUUUUUGAACCUCAGACAUGAAGUAUUUAACUCUGGAUUUGAGGGAUGCAAAUACAACAACUGUAAACUGUCUUUUAAUGCGUCCGAAGCAGGACACAGUGAUGCUAUUAUUUUUCAAGGCGGUUAUCACUUUCCCCGGAGACUGAAGUUUAAGCGACGAAAUGGUCAAGUAUGGAUUUUUUAUGAGCAUGAACCACCAUACAGAUACAGGAAACAGCACUACAGCUGGAUUCCAAAAAACGCAUUUAAUUGGACAAUGACAUAUGAUAGAAGUAUUUCUGAUAUACAUUUACCUUACGGUGAAAUAACUAAUAAAUCACGCGAGGCAUACAUCAGUGAGGAUGAAUUAAUUCGGAGUAAGAAAAGAACCGCUCUAAUGAUAAUGUCUCACUGCAAUACUCCAGCCAACAGGCUAAAGUAUGUAACAAAACUAAGGAAGUUUAUUGACGUUGAUAUUCUUGGUGCAUGUGGUACUAAAUGGACCUGUGGAAUCAGAUUCAAGCACGACGAUUGUUUUAAAAUUAUAAAUCAAUACAAAUUUUUUUUAGCCUUUGAAAACUCAUUUUGUAAUAACUAUUUCUCAGAGAAAGUUUUUGACAACUUUGAUUAUGAUACAGUCAUGGUAACGCGAGGAGGAAAAAAAGGGCAGAUAAAUCAAAUACUCCCAGUUGGAACAUUUUUAUCAACAGAUGACUUUAAAAACGCUAAAGAGCUUGGAUUAUAUCUGAAAUCAAUUAAAAAUGAAACAUAUCUAAAUAUUAUCCGAAGGAAACAACAGUUUACAUCAUUUAGAAGUUAUGAAUCAGUAUUUCAGAAAGCUAUGUGUGAGAUUUGCGAAAGAAUGAAUAAUGCAGAUAUGUAUAAAAAAACAAUCGAAGAUAUCGAUAAAUGGGCAUUUUCCUCCAGCCCGUGUAGAACACCAGAUGGCUUUGAAUGA